ACGAGGUUUACACGCAUCUGGAUCUAUUACAACAUGUAAACAACAAUUUGAAUCUUUUUCCCAUAUAACUGUCAAAUAAAUGAGAAAUUUGCAAUUGUGAAAGUGAAUCAAAUGAUGUUCCGUGUAUAGUAAUAAAUCCUUUAUUUCAUUCGAUUUUAUUUCCAUGACAGGUGUGUCAAACAUGUAAAAAGGACUUGGAGGGUCAAUUGCGUCUCAAAACAUGGAAUACGACUCGGAAUCAAGUUAUGAGGGUCGUUUACGAGAUUUAGAAGCAUCUGAAGAAAUUCCUAGUCGUCAUCGUAGUCAACAAAAUGAACAGUCACAACGUAUCGUGGAAUCUACUUCCUGGCAUCCCCUUGAGAAUGCUACCUCACAACCUAAAGUACCUUUUGGAAUUGUCAACAGGUCACUUUCAUCACAGGUAAUGGAAUAUUAUCGCAAAUACUCACACAACACAAAUUUGGAACAAUAUUUCUCAGUGCCUGGUUCAAGUGCAACUUCUGAAGAAAUAAAAUACUAUUACAGUCUUUAUGAAAUAAAUCCAAAAUUGAGUGGCGACAAUUUACAAACAAAAGAUUUUAAUUUAAAAUCUUGUGUUCCAAAAGAAAGACGUCGAUGGGUGAGACCUCCACUCAUUGGUCAAUCAUCAGGAAACGAUGCUACAUCUGGAAUGUACGUUCGUCCCCUAGCAGAUCCACAAUCAUCAACAUCAUCAUCACCUCCUCCUCCUCCACCUUCACACGAUAUAAAUCGAAUUACACCGGAAACAAUUCUCGAAGAAAGAAAUGAAUGUCAAGAAACACCACCAGACAUCAUAGAGCGAAAAGUUCCAUCGCCAACGUCAAGUGUCACAUCCCAUAAACCCCUAGAGUGGGAUAGUGGAGCGGACGUUGGCUAUUUUCCCAACACACCAAAUAAUAAGCAAGAUAAUAAAAAAUUAAGUACAAUUGAAAGAAUGGCAUUGGCAAGAGGUUGUUCAGCAGCAUUGAGACUCGAUCCCGAAGGUACAACUGAAUCCGGUAAAAUACAAUCAGGCAGACAAUCAUCAAAAUCAAUGAUGAUGAUGAUGAUGAAACCCGAUGCAAAUUCAACGGCAAUUGUUGAAAAUAUUUCUGGUUCCGAGAGUGAAAUUGAAAUAACACCAAUUGUCAAAAAUCAUUUACCCGGAGUGAUAACCGGUAAUGAUAUUAAAUCCGAUGAGAAAAAAAAAACAAAAGAAAAUCCUCAAAUUUCCAUUGAAUCAAUUUGUGAAACACCAAAAACCUCGGGAUUAUUUAAAAUGCCCCUAGGUUCACCGGUGAAAUCACGUAAACAAAAUCCUAUAAAUUUUCAAUUGUCACCAUUAAAAAAAAGUAGUUCCAUGAAUAUUAUUGCAAUGCCAGGUGCAAAAGUGCCUUUAAAAAGAAGUCAAAGUGAUUUAAAUCUUCACGCUGGUGAUAAAAAUAAAGCGCUACCACGAUUAAUAUUCAAUUCCACAUCAUCCAUAGCGACGGUUGUUAAUAAACCAAUAACUUGCGAUAAAUUAAUUCAAACAACAUUGAAAAAUUGUUCUCAAGAAUCAGUGGGUAUUCAAGUUUCAGUUGUCGAUGAAGAGAAACCACCGUUACCAAAGAGAGGGACAAGUUUAAAUAAAAAAUUGCAAUCAAUUUUGAAAAAUUCCCAAAACACCUAUAAAGUGCCACUAAAACGAAAUGAAUUAAAAUCAAAUACCGAGGGUGAAACACAAAGUACAACAGAAACGGAAAGUGAUUCAUCGGCAGCAACACCACAACUUGAAUCUAUUGAUAAUGUUCCAGGUCGUGCAAAUAGUUUUGAAUAUUUUCCAGGUCAUAUUUAUGAAAAUGUUCCCAAUGGCAGUGGUGCGAGUCAUGUUUCUUCGAUCAGUACAGGAAGAUCAAAUUCGACAAUGCCGAAUACAAGUUCAAGUAUUGACGAGAAACUUUGGGGUGAAUCGGACAGUUUGGUUCGCGAUCUAGAGCGAAGUGUUAAUAUUCUCAAAAGUCUCGUUGACGCAAACAAAUGUGACAAAACAGUGAAAAAACGUCUAAUACAUCACGUUGUGAAAAGACUCGUUACUGCCAAAUACAAAGACGAUAAAAUUGAACACAAUCUCGAGGAGAAUGUCCCAUGGAAUCCGGAUGAUGCACGUAAAAAAGUAUAUCGUGCCGAAAUUAUUCAAGCACUCGCCAAAAAACAAAAUACCACCGAUUCAUCGGACGAUUGGAAAUUUCAAAGAGUAAAAACAAAAAAAGCCACGGAAAGUGUAACACGUGCUUUAAAAGAAAUGAUAAAUGAGAGUAGUAAUAGUGAAAAAUUCGAUCGCAAUACCGAUAGAACGGAAAUGGAUGGAAGAAAAGCAAGAAUGGGUUUAAGAGCCGAUGAUUGUGAUCGCAGUACAAAUACACCGACGGAUCAUAAUAAAAGCGAAAGUUCCGAGUGUUUUAUGCCGCAGAGAAAUUAUAAAAAAAUAACAUCGAAAAAUAUGUUCAUGAAGAAAAAAAAAUGUGAGACAACAACCAGUAAUAGUUCACCGGCUGAUCAAAAUCGUGCAACUAAUGAAGAAGAAGAAGAAGAGGAUGAUGAUGAGGAGGAGGAACAAGAGACAAACAAUCAUGAUUGGCGAUUACCAACAACAAUUUCCGAAAGAAAUUUUGAAUUACGACGAUGCAGUAAUUCCGAUUCAGCCGAUUCGAAACUUGUCAGUUACGCCGAAAUGGAAAAGAAGAAUCAAUUAAUUUGGAUAACAAACGAAAUAAGUCAUCUUUCGAAUUUAAAAAAAUUAUUAGAACAACCGAAAAAAUUGGAACGUGUGAAAAAAAUUUACAAAACAAGACACUGCAUUCAUGAAAAUACAAAAUCAAAUUCCCUAGACUCAAAUUCAUUGGAAAAUUGGUCAUCUCAUUGUAAUUUAGCAUCAUGUCACAAUAAAAAUAAAAAACGAAAUAGUUUCACUCAAACUGCCACUGAAAUAUCAAAUGCACAUUCAAAAACAAGUGGAAUAAUCACUAUUGAAUAUCAAAAUCAACCGGUAAAAUUAGUCAACAUUGGUCUUCAAACCAAUUGUCCGGUUUAUCAAACUUGUCAGAAAUGUUCGAAUGAAAAAAAAUAUUCAUCAUUUUAUAGAAAAAAUAAUACAAGACCAGUGAUUACAAUUCCUUUAACAUCGAGUCCAACAAAUAAUAUUUGUGCCGAUUUUGCUCGUUUAAAUUUACCACGUAAUCAAGAGGAUGAUGAAAAUAAUUCCAAGCAAAAAGAUACGAAAAAUCAUUUAAAUGCAUCGAGAUCGAAAUUUAUUUGUGACUGUAGUCAAAAUUGUCGAUGUCAAUUCAAAUCAGAUGACGAUGAAAAACCAAUGAAAUGUAAAAAACAUUAUUGUAUAUCGUGUAGUAGAAAAAUUGAAUUACAUUCUCGAUGUGAUGAAUGUGAAAUUAAUAAAAUUCACCAUCAGUCAGGUGAAUCAUAUUCAAGCGAUAAAUCCGAAUCGAUAUUUUAUCAAGGAAUUCAUCCUGAAAAUGGAUCAUCAUUUCAAAGUCAGACAAAAGCGAAAUAUUUGGAAAAUAGUGAAAGUGGAAAAAAAACAAAUUGUCAACAUUGUUGCGAUGAGAAAAAGGAGAAACAAGAAAUUUCCAAUGGUUAUGAAUGUCGAGUGGAAUUAUUGCAACGUAAAGAACAAACGAGACAACCAUAUUAUUUAACAAAUGAGGAGAAAAAAUCAUCUCGACAAUUUAUUGAACAAAAUAAUUUUAAAUGUAGAUGUGAAAAGGAUUGUGUAUGUUCGAAUAAAUUAAAGGAUAAUGAUGAAAGAUUAAGUGUUCAAAAAUAUAGUACACGAAGAGAAUAUAGUAAUAAAAAUGAUGAAAGACUGAAAAGUGGGGAGAAAAAUUGUAAAUGUUGUCGUACUUGUGGUAAAACAUAUCAAAAAAAUCGAAAAUGCGAUUGUACAAUUAAUUAUCCAAAAUCCGUGGCUUAUGAAUUAACAUUUAUGGAUGAAAAUAAAGACAAGAAAAAUGUUUCAAAAUCGGAAAAUGAGGAAAUUAAGGGAUUAGGAAAAGCGUCGUCUUCGAAUUCAUUUACUGCUAGAUCGGGAACUUGUUCCUGUGAGGAUAGUAAACAAUAUUUCACACAGAAUAAGGAGAAGAAAAUUACACUUCAAGAGUGUUUGGCAUCGAACAAGCCUCGUUUUCUUGAUAAUAUCGAGACACGUCAACAGUAUUUAAAUGAAAUUUCUCAUCUACGCGAAAUGAAAAAAGAAAAACGUGUACAAUUAUUAGCCAUGGCCAGUUCUUCCAGUCUUCUAAAACCAACAAAAUCAACAAAGUCCACAAGUCAUGUACAAAGGAAACUGACGACGGCAGAUAUGAAAGAAAGAUUACGUAGAAGAUACAUGAGGCUAAGUGAAGUACGUUCAAAACGAAGACAACUGGAGAAACAAGAAGAAUUUCGACGCAAUAAUUUGAUGGCCAAAAUAUAUGGUAAAAAACUGCAACAAAAAGUUUUACAGGGCCAAGUAGAUUUGUCGCAAAGUGUAAGCGUUAUUUCAAAUCUUUAAUACUAGUAGUAGUAGUAGUAGAAGUAGUAGUAUAAAUAUUUAUUAUAUAUUAUAUAUAUUCUAGAAAAAAAUGCCUUGAGUGAACAAAAUUUUAUUUGCAACGACGAAUUAUUCGGAAUUUAUUUAUUAUACAAAAAUUUUUCAAAUUCGAUGUAUUCGUCAUUGCCUGUGUAAUUUUGACUAUUUUUAUAAAGUAUUUAAUGUUUGAAAAAAAAAUCUCUUCUAAACAAUUAGUAUUAUCUGCAAAAAAGAAAGUCUUUAGGAGAUUAUUCCAAGAAUAUAGUAUGUUUAUAGAAUGAAAAAAAAAAUGACUAAUCAAUUUCCUGGUCAAUUACACGCUGUUAAAAUAAUCUUUAUGUAUAAAUAUCGGACCAGUGACUUUGAACAAUACGCAAAACACCUUUAAAUUAUCUCCAUGAUCUGUAUUAUUAUCAACUGGAGUAUAAUUAUAGUUACAAGUAUUGGCGAGAUUUCACUUCGCAAAUUAUAAUGUACAUAGAAGAUUAGAAUUUGUUUAUGAACCUCCAAGUUCAAAGAUAUUAAAAAGAAAAAAGAGUACAAUUUGUAUGAGAUUAUAAAAUUCGAAAAAUCGAAUUCCAAGUAUUAAAAAAAAAAAAAAUGUUCUCUCUAUUUACGAGUAUUUUACAAAUUUUGUCAAUUUAGAUUUAUAUUUUCAAUAAUUUUUUUCUGUAGAAUAUUUGCAAGCAAUUUUUUUUUUUUUUUUUUUUUUUUUUUGAAAUAAUAAAUUAAAAUCACCCGGUGAAUAGAAUUUGUUCAAUGACUUUAUUGAGUAAUUAUUUGAUAUUAAGAGAAAAAAAAUGUAGUACAUAGUUUAUAAUUAUGUGAAAUUGAAAAAUAUUCAAUAAUAGAAGACAGUAGUUUAGUACCUGAGAAAAUAAUAUUUUUUUUUUACCUAAUUUAAACAUUAAAGUUUAUUUAAUUUUAAGUUUCUCAAUCUCUGAAUGAAUCAUUUUAUACUGUAGAAAUUUAGCAAUUUUUUCGUGUUCUUUUUUCACUAAGCAACAAAAUACAAUUGAAUAAAAGAGAAUAUUUGUA